CCUGUCCCUUGUGGUUUCACUCUAGUGAUCUAGUCUUUCAUGUCUGGGAAUUUAUUUUAGGGUCCUCUUUUUGUCCCAUUGGGGCCACUGAUUCUUAACUCUUCCAUGGUUUGUUCAGUACUUGAGUGAGAUAUCAAUGAACGAUUAUUGUUUUUUUAUUAUUAUAAUUUCUUCUUUACAGGCCAUUGUAGCUGAGUAAUAAUUCUUGGUUCUUCCAUUGCUGAAUGAAUUUGGUGUAGGUGUGAACCUUGUCUGAAAGUUUAAAGCAAGAUGGGAGAAACAUCAGCUUCCAAUGAUGGCUUGCAAGCUUCUGUUUCAUUGGGUAGAUUUGAGAAUGAUUCAUUGUCUUGGGAGAGAUGGUCUUCUUUCUCUCCAAACAAGUACAUGGAGGAGGUUGAGAAGUGUGCCACACCUGGAUCAGUGGCACAGAAAAAAGCCUACUUUGAAGCUCAUUACAAGAAGAUUGCUGCCCGCAAAGCCGAAUUGCUUGCACAAGAGAAGCAAAAUGAAGAUCAAAAUGGUAUGCAUAUCACUGGCGAAAAUUCCGGUGCUGGUGCAGUCUUUGAUGUAUUCAACAAACCAGGUUAUGUUGAAGUGGUUAAGAUAGAAUCUAGUUCUGUUGAUGAGAUUAGUAGGAGCUACAUAGUUUCUAGAGAUUAUGUAAGUUCUUCAGCUAAGGCAGAGAAUGAAGAACUGAAAACCGGAUCACAUAGUUCGCAGUUGACAGAUAAGCCUGAAGAAGUUGUCAGCUCGAAACAAGAAGAUAGUAUUGAUGUUGAAGUUGAAGAUGUGAAGGAAAUUUCGCAUGUCGUGUACAAGGUCAAGGAGACAGGAAAUGCCGCAGAAGUUGAAGUAAAAGAACUGACACUGGAUCAUACUAAGAAUGUUGAAGCAAAGCAUCUGACAUUGGAUCAUCCUAGGGAAUAUAAGGUUACCCCCAUAAAAAGGGAAAGCAAUGUGGCCAAGACAAAGAAGACAUCAAUGCAACCUACACCUAAGAUAUCCCAAAUUUCAACACCAAGAAGUUCAAGUUCAAAGCCUACAUUAAUUCAAACAAAGCUACCAGCAUCCAGUUCUUCUACUAAAAAUGCAGAUUCUCCAUCUUUAUCAAGGAAGCAAAUUAUUUCAAGUGGCCAGAGCAGAAAAGUUGCUAACAAAUCCCUGCACAUGUCCAUGAGCUUGGGACUAAGUAAUCAUGAUCCGGCUCCUCAUAGUACAGUGGGGAAAUCUUUAAUUAUGCAGAACAUGGGAGAUAAGGACAUAGUGAGACGAGCAUUUAAGACAUUCCAGAACAAUUACAACCAGCCAAAUUAUUCUGGUGAAGACAGAUCCUUGGUGAAAAGACAGGUUCCUGCAAGGGGGACAAGGCCAAAGGUUUCUACCUCUACAGCUCCGCAGAAAGAAAAUGGACAGUAUGUAAAUUUUUGCUGGACAGAUAAUGUGUUUUGAUUUGCACCCAUUUAAUUCCUUAAUGCAAUCUGUGUAACCCCACUUUGUUUACCAAUUACAUUCGGUUGAUGCAUCUCGACAAGAUUUCGAAUGUGUGUUUUGCUUUAGCCUACCAUCAGAUGAUGUCGUGUUUUUGUUUUGUUUCCUCAAGAGUACAAACUUAUCAACCAUAAAGACUGCAUAAAUGAUGAAACAUUGGAAGUUAAUGUUAUAUGAAGUAAUUCAGUUUUGGUUAUAUUUAGCUCUAACUUGAUCCAUCCACAAAUAUUCCUUAAUUGAAAUUUAGCAAAACUAUCCGUAAAACCAUCGUUGUAUUUUUUAUU